AUAACAAACAAUCACAAAAAUGUCUUCGCCUAAGCCUGCCACUAGUUAUACAUCCAGCUCCUUAAAUGAUCCUGUCAUGUUGAGGGCUAACGAAGAAUGCAUGGCCGAAUUCAAACCCAAGACCAUACCGGAAUUUUUCCAUGAGUGUUGUGAGAAAUAUAAAAACUUGCCAGCAUUGACCUUUCCCACAAAAAACGUAGAUAAUGUCCACGCAGAGGAAGACAUUUGGGAAACGGUCAGCUUUGAGGAUUAUGAAAGCAAUGUCGAACAAGUCGCCUUGGCCUUGCUCUAUUUGGGUGUUCAGCCACGUACCUCGGUGGGCAUUAUAGCCAUGAAUUGUCCUGAAUGGUUUUACAUACAGUUAGCUGCCACUCGCAUCAAUGCCGUAUCGGCUGGCAUCUAUACCACCAAUUCUGCCGAAACGGUUUUUCAUAUACUCGAAACUUCAGAUGCCACCGUAGUGGUGGUGGAUGACAGUUAUCAAAUGGCCAAGGUAAGCUCCAUUCGUUCCAGUUUGCCUCAAGUGCGUGCUGUGGUACAGUUAAACGGGCCCUUUGGCUUUGAUGAGAAGGCUCAAAAGGAUGGUUACUAUCGCUGGUGUGAUCUCAUGGCCAUGAAAUUUAGCACUACACUGCGCGAAGAGUUGCAAAUGCGAGAGCUAGAGGUGGCGCCCAACGAUUGUGCUUUGCUUAUAUUUACGUCCGGCACUGUGGGCAUGCCCAAAGGCGUUAUGCUCUCCCAUGACAAUAUUUUAUAUUGCGCCCAAGCCAUCAGCAGAUCCUUACCAGGCAUGAUGCCUGGUCAGGAGACAUUUGUCUCCUAUUUACCCCUGAAUCAUGUAGCUGGCCAAGUGUUUGACAUAUUUAUGGGCUUGGUUAAUGGUGCCAAUGUUAAUUUUGCCGAUCGAAAUGCCUUGAAGGGUACCUUGGGUAAAACACUUGCCAAAGUCAGACCUACUGUAUUUAUUGGUGUUCCCAGAGUUUUUGAAAAAAUGCAUGAGAAGCUAAUGCAGGUGAACGCUGAGUCUUCCCGAGUUGUGAGAUGCUUUACUUAUAAGGCUCGUAUGACUAUGCUGCAGUAUCAUUUGGAUAAGAUGGUAGGCAAUCCCACUUCCUUCAUGAAACACUGGUUGGCUUCCAUAAUAACAAACCGCAUUAAGCUAGCUAUGGGCUUGGAUCGUAGUAAAGUUACCAUAAUUGGUGGAGCUCCAGUUUCAGAGGAAUUGAAACUUUUCUUUCUAAGCUUGGAUAUACCCUUGACAGAUGUCUAUGGGCUGUCCGAGAGUAGUGGUGGCUUGGUUUUCUCUUUGAAAAAGCCCAACUUGCUAACCGUGGGUCAGCCCAUAAAGGGAGUGGAAGUGAAAAUUCAAGAGCCCAAUGAGAAGGGGGAGGGAGAGAUUCUAUUACGCUGUCGCUCUAACUUUAUGGGCUAUUUAAAAGAACCCGAAAAGACCAAAGAAACUAUAACAGAGGAUGGUUAUGUUAUGACAGGAGAUUCCGGCUAUUUGGAUGAAGAAGGCAAUGUGUAUGUCAGUGGACGCAUUAAGGAGCUGAUCAUAACAGCAGGUGGAGAAAAUAUGCCACCUGCUUAUAUAGAGAAUCUUAUUAAAAAGGAAUUGCCUUGUAUCAGCAAUGCUGUGGCCAUAGGAGAUCAUCGCAAAUAUGUGACAGCACUUUUAACAUUCAAGACUGAAAUCGAUGCUGACACUGGCUAUCCUAUGGAUACACUUUUGCCCGAAGCCCUUGAUUGGCUGGCUUCACUGGACUUGCAUUACACCAAACUUUCAGAAAUGCUUCACAUAGAGUGGCCUGAAAAUUUCAAUGAUUUCAAUCCCAAUAGUGUGGAAAUACAACUCGAUGAUAAAAUUCAAAAAGCUUUGGAAGCUGGCAUCAAGAGUUCGAAUCAGCAUGCCAUCUCCAAAGCCCAACAGGUGCAAUAUUUUGCUGUAUUGCCCCAUGACUUUUCAAUAGCCACCGGUGAAUUGGGUCCCACUUUGAAAAUUCGUCGUAACAUUGUACACUCGAAAUAUGCCAAGAUUAUUGAUGAAAUGUAUAAUAAUUGA